UUUCGAACUGGAACCCUUUGCUCGUAUCCGCGUCGGCGGUCCGCCCAGACAUGUUUCCUGUGUUAACUUUUUUUUACGUCGACGAUCACUCGCUCAUGACGGAGGCGCGGUUUCUACAGGCGCUCGAGAUAUCUCAUCGAUCCCUCCGCGGGCAUAUCGAAAACAAAACACUGAACACGACUUAAAACUUUGAAGAUUGUUCACAAUUAUUUACGGAGCACAUACACACAAUGUCCCGUUCGAAACGAUACACACAAAAUGGUGCUGAGCGAAUCGCAAUCACACUGCGCUCGGCGAGUUGUCUAUGCGCGACUGACGGAGGGCGUCUACUACAUCCGCCAUCUGCCGACGAGAAUGAAUGUGGUAAACUCGCCUAUUUGCGUCUGUGUGUGUUCGGUAAACCCGUACGUACGUAUUUGGAAAUACACUCUGAAUUACUUCUAUCUCUAAGCAACAUGUCGGAGUCUUCAAAAUCGAAAUCUUCAUUAAAUUUAAACCCGUCGCCUACUUUGCAAUAUAAAGAUCUUCAUGAAUACCUGAAAAGUCGAACUCCACAGUUUUUGGAAACACUAUACAACUAUCCUACAAUUUGUUUGGCUGUAUACCGGGAACUGCCUGAACUUGCUCGGCACUUCGUAAUACGCCUGCUAUUCGUCGAACAGCCUGUGCCACAAGCGGUGGUAACAUCGUGGGUAUCUCAAACCUUUGCCAAGGAACAGAAUAAAGCAUGUGAGGCCUUAUCUGAGCUGUCAGUAUGGCAAGAGGCACCCAUUCCCGGUGGAAUGCCUGGGUGGAUGCUGGCGCAGUCUUUCAAGAAAAAUUUGAAGGUUUCUCUUUUGGGAGGCGGUCGGCCGUGGAGCCUCUCGUCUUCCCUGGAGCCGGACGGCAAGGCGCGCGACGUGGCGUUCCUGGACGCGUACGCGCUGGAGCGGUGGGAGUGCGUGCUGCACUACAUGGUGGGCAGCACGCAGACCGAGGGCAUCAGCGCCGACGCCGUGCGCAUCCUGCUGCACGCCGGCCUCAUGACCAGAGACGCUGAAGAUAAUUCCGCAGUGAUAACACGCGCUGGGUUUCAAUUUCUGCUAUUAAGUACUCCAAAACAGGUGUGGCUGUUCCUGCAGCACUAUCUGCUGACGGCAGAGAAGCGCUCCAUGAGCGCCGCCGAGUGCCUGGCCUUCCUAUACCAGCUCAGCUUCAGCACUUUGGGAAAGGAUUACAGUACAGAGGGAAUGAGCAACAACAUGUUAGUAUUUUUGCAACACUUGAGAGAGUUCGGACUGGUUUACCAAAGAAAGCGCAAAGCCGGUCGCUUCUACCCGACGCGGCUGGCGCUGAAUAUCGCGCGCGUUCGCGAUACGGGCGCGGCGCCGGCGGGACGCGCGGGGUACCUCGUGGCGGAGACCAACUACCGCGUGUACGCCUACACGCAGUCCAACCUGCAGGUGGCGCUCCUCGGGCUCUUCACCGAGCUCGUCUACAGGUUUCCGAAUCUCGUGGUGGGCGUAUUGACUCGUGAGUCGGUUCGGACGGCGCUUCGCGGCGGCAUCACGGCCGACCAGCUCAUACACUACCUCGAGCAACACUCGCACCCGCAGAUGCUGCAGACGGAAACAGGCGGCAUCCGCAGCAGCGGCGUACUGCCGCCCACCGUGGUGGACCAGGUGCGGCUGUGGGAGACCGAGCGCAACCGCUUCAGCUACACCGACGGCGUCAUCUACAACCAGUUCCUGUCCAGUGCGGACUUCGUGGUGCUGCGGGACUACGCCAAGAGCGCGGGAGUACUAACGUGGGAGGGCGAGCGCACGCGCACCAUGGUCGUGACGCGCGCGGGACACGACGACGUCAAGAAGUUCUGGAAGCGAUACUCCAAGAGCUCGUAGGCGAAUGUAGUAAACAUUACUUACUGUUGACUUCCACUUAGGCCUCAGCCUCGAAUUUAGCGGGCAGCGGGGCGGCGGCGGUAGCGGCGCGGGAGCGGCAGGAUCUUAUGCGUAAAAUCAAAUGGACCGGUUCUCGAAAACAGCGGCGCGGGAGCGGGCAACGAGCGGGCAGCGCACUCCUUCUUUUGCCCACAAUAAAUCGAGCGUUAGGAAUAAAUUUGAAUCGAAAUAAAAUUGUCGCCGUUGUUCAGACAUUUCGUUUGCGAAUAAAAACAAAUAUCUCGACAACACAACCCCGAACACAACACUUCGCCGCUAAAGCGCCGCGCGAGCUGCCCGCUUGUUUCGAGAACGGGUCUGCGUUGCCCGCCCCGCUCCCGCGCCGCUGCCCACUAAAUUCGAAGCUGAGGCCUUAGGCCCGCCAUACACGGACAGCUCGAGCAGUUAGUCAGUGAUCAACAUACACGGACCAUUCUUGUAGUCAAGAGUCAACAGCUUGAAGCUGCCAGUGAUAACUGCUCGAGCAGUUGGUAUUGACUGCUCAACAAAUCACAAGCGCGCCGUGGAAUGAAGAAAGUGGGCGGAGGUAACUGCGCGAGAGCUGUCGACAGCUCGAGCAGUCAAUGUAUGGCUGGCGACUGCUUGACCGCACGAUGAAAAUUCACCGUGCUGUCGACCGCCCGAAUCAGUUGCAACUGCUCGAGCGGUUCGUGUAUGUGCGUCCAUAGAACUCUGCAGUUCACUGUGCAGUCGCAGCUUGAAGCUGUCGACCCUGACUGCUUCAAGCGGUCCGUGUAUU